AUGGACAAAGAGAAGAAAAUCAUUAUUUUGGUUUUGUUGUUGCAAGGUGUUUGGUGUGGAGAUUGGUCCAUCAGUCUGCCAGAGAAGAUUGAAGCUCUGAGUGGAUCCUGUGUGACCAUAAACUGCACAUUUACUAUUGAUAACACAUAUGACAAAGAUCUCACUGACAGUGCUGCAGGAGUGUGGAGUAAAGAUAACACUAUUGUGUUUAACUCCAGCAACUCCAAUCUUUUUUUUAAAGGGAACAUAACUGGAAAGUUAAAAAACAAGAACUGUACCACCAUCUUUUAUAAUGUUACUUCAAAUGACAAAGGCAAAUUUUACUUCAGGAUUGAGGGUAAUGGUGGACUGAAAUAUACCUAUACACAAAAAUCUGUUUCAAUAAAUGUGAUUGACUCUCCCUCCAAACCAACAGUACAGAUGUUAAAGGAUCAGAUGGAGGUUGAGGUUCAUGAGGAGGUGUUAGAGGGGAGCUCUAUGUGUCUGCGCUGCUCUGCUAAGACUCUCUGCUCCUCUUCUCCACCAACUCUCACAUGGAGCUCCACUGACAGACUCCACCUCAAUGAGAGCAGCAGACUACAGCUGGAUCAACAGAAUCAAACUGAGAUCAUCUCUGAUCUGAACUUCACUGCUACUCACCUUCAACAUGGAGUCACUUUCAUCUGCACUAUAACCUACCAGCUACAGCAGAGGAACACAACAGCAAAGAACUAUAUCACAUUAAGUGUUCAGUAUGCACCCAAAAUCUCUCUCUUCAGCUGUAACAGAACUGAUGUAACUGUGUAUUUGUGUGAGGCUCAUGGGAAUCCCUCUCCUAAAGUGGAGUGGCAUCUAUCUGGACGUCCUGUCAGUAACUCUACAAACACAUCCAUCAGUGAGGAGCGAUUGAGCAGCACAGACUUGAGGAGCUUCAUUUCUCUCCAUCAGUCACUCACACACACAGACACUCUGCAGUGUGUCACCAACAAUACUCACGGCAAUGCCAGUCAACAGAUUCAACGGCUUCACUGUUCUCAUGAGACAAGCUGUGGUUUCAGUCUUUUCUCUGUGCUGACCGGAGCUGUUAUUGGAGCUUCAGUAAUGAUGAUCUUGUGUGUCAUUAAACAUCUCUGUAAACGAAGACGGAAAAGAAAACCUUACCAGAAGAGACGAGAAGCCCAUAACUUACAGGAGCAUGAGGGAGAAUCUGUUUAUGCCAAUAGAGCCAUGCUGUCACUUGCUGAAGUUGCUAAAGACCCAGAAUCCCUUCAUUAUUCCUCCAUUCACUUCACAAACACCCACACAGAGUCAGAAGAGAUCAUGGAUGCUUCCUCACUUACUGCUGAAUAUGCUUCCAUCCAUCACUAUCCUACAGGAGCGUCAGAGAGCUCUACAGAUGCACAGGUGAUUGUUAAUGCAGAAGAGCAUAAAGAAGAAGUAAAGCCUAAGAAAUCUGAUCAAGAGAUGCCAGCAGACUCAGAUUCUCAAUUAUAUGCACAAGUUAAACGUCGAAACCCAUAAAGGACUUGAGACUAAUGCUUGUUUCACAUCACCCAUAAAAGCUACGCUUAAGCAGGCCAUGUAUGUUUUGGCGGUCAUAUUAAGAGUUCAUGCAUUUCACGCGGCAGCAGAAGUUUAUGUGUGAGCAGCAUUUUGACUGUUAUAGUUAAAAACACACAUAUAAAUAAUACUGAUUGUGUUUGGGGAGAAAGUUCUUCUCUGAUGUCUUUUAAUUGCUGUCAGUAAAGCUUAUUAACUGCUUUGAAAAUAAUCACAC